UUUUUAUAUUCGCUCAAAAUUUAUUAAGGUCGCCGACCCAUUUCACCAUCAACAGUCAUUAUUCUUCUCCCUCUUUCUCGUACAAUCUAACAACCGGUAAAAGAAAAAACAAAGAUCAAGAUGGCGGGCCAAUGGACGGCGACUAAACCAAGCCGGAGCGAUGAAGUUUUGGACGCUGAUCAACAACAGCAAAUCACCGAUCAAGUCAGAGCCCAGUUCGAUUCGAUGGUCCCAAAACGACCCACCAAACCCAACAGGAGUGAACCGGAUUUAGCAUCAGCGACCGCCUCCAAUCUCCCUUCACACUUCGACCAAACGCUACCCGAACUCGACAAGUUACGGUCCCUUCAAUCUCAGUCCCAUGUGAAGAUUUCAGAGGGGGGAGUUUCAGUGGAACAAGAUGAAUUUGUGGAGACAGAAUAUUACAGGGAGAUGAAUUCCAUUGAAAAAGAGCAUCACACGACAGGAAGUGGGUUUAUAAGAGUGAUGAAAGGAGGGGGUGAAGCAAAUGAAUAUGGUAUUCAGCUGGGAAAUGGCCAGGACGCUGGAAAUUCAACCAACAAGCCAGUUUUCAAAAGCAACCCAGCAACAAAUGACUGGAUUCCCGCCCUUGAAGAAGAUCAGGUCUUUGUUUCUUCCAAGCCCAAUCGAAGUGAGGGCUGUUAGAUCAUCAUUUGGAUGUUACCAAUUGCCAGCCUUUCUUAAAUAAAUUUUUACUUGUACUUCCGGAAGAACAGAGAUUUUGGAAUGGUUUAAACAAUGUUCUUUGCUUGUAAGUUGUUGCAAUGUAAAGGUAAAAUCAUGAAAUGCAAUUUGAAUGAAAAA